UGUGUGGCGCUAGGAAGUUCGUCACUGUUUGGAGUUCAGGCGCGUCUCGAGCUGUGUUUUCUGUUUAAUUUCAGGUGCGGUUCGAAUUUUGUUUAGGUUCAAAUCUGACUCGAAGCAGAAACUGUGAUCGCAAAUAUCCGCUUGGAUAAACAUAUCACCGAGGAUCUUGAUUAUAUUCAUUACUGGACCGGAGUCCAUUUAGUCAGCGUAACUUGUGUCGAGAUGAGUGUGGAGGCGUACGGGCCGAGUUCUCAAACGCUCACCUUCCUGGACACGGAGGAAGCGGAGCUACUUGGGGCUGAUACCCAGGGCUCGGAGUACGAGUUUACCGAUUUUACCCUCCCCAGCCAGACGCAAACUCAAGGCCAAACCCAGAGUCAGCUGGACAAUCAGGUGAAUGGUCCUGAUGAAGAGCUUCACAAUGGAGGAGUCGAUGAUGUGGCCAAGGCGAGCCAACUCCUUGCUGAGUUGAACUUCGAGGAGGAUGAAGAAGACACCUAUUACAUCAAAGACCUCCCACUGCAUGCCUGCAGUUACUGUGGCAUCCAUGAUCCUGCAUCUGUGGUGUACUGCAACACAAGCAAGAAGUGGUUCUGCAAUGGACGUGGCAAUACAUCUGGCAGCCACAUAGUGAACCACUUGGUGAGAGCCAAAUGCAAAGAGGUGACUCUGCACAAAGAUGGGCCACUGGGCGAGACGGUGCUGGAGUGCUACAACUGUGGCUGUCGCAACGUCUUCCUCCUGGGCUUCAUCCCCGCCAAGGCCGACUCGGUGGUGGUGCUGCUGUGCAGGCAGCCAUGUGCCAGUCAGAGCAGCCUGAAGGACAUCAACUGGGACAGCUCCCAGUGGCAGCCACUGAUCCAGGACCGCUGCUUCCUGUCCUGGCUGGUGAAGAUCCCCUCAGAGCAGGAGCAACUCCGGGCCCGCCAGAUCACAGCCCAGCAGAUCAACAAGCUGGAGGAGCUCUGGAAGGAUAAUCCCACGGCCACUCUGGAGGACCUGGAGAAGCCCGGCGUAGAUGAGGAGCCCCAGCAUGUUCUGCUGCGCUAUGAGGAUGCCUACCAGUACCAGAACAUCUUCGGCCCCCUCGUCAAGCUGGAAGCUGACUAUGACAAAAAGCUUAAAGAGUCCCAGACCCAAGAUAAUAUAACAGUCAGGUGGGACCUGGGGCUAAAUAAAAAGCGGAUUGCUUAUUUCUCCUUGCCCAAGACGGAUUCAGGUGACAUGCGGCUGAUGCAAGGAGAUGAGAUAUGUCUGCGCUACAAAGGAGAGCUGGCCCCACUCUGGAAGGGCAUCGGCCAUGUCAUCAAAGUCCCAGACACACCCUUUGUGAAAGACUAUGGAGAUGAGAUUGCUAUAGAAUUGCGCAGCAGUGUUGGAGCUCCUGUGGAAAUACCCCACAACUUCCAGGUGGAUUUUGUGUGGAAGUCCACUUCCUUUGACAGAAUGCAGAGUGCCCUGAAGACCUUUGCUGUGGACGAGACAUCCGUGUCAGGCUACAUCUACCACAAGCUGCUGGGCCACGAGGUGGAGGAUGUCAUCAUCAAGUGUCAGUUGCCCAAACGCUUCACUGCACAGGGCCUGCCUGACCUCAAUCACUCUCAGGUGUAUGCUGUGAAGACUGUGCUGCAGAGACCCCUCAGUCUUAUCCAAGGCCCUCCCGGCACUGGGAAAACGGUCACCUCUGCCACCAUAGUGUACCACCUCGCCAGGCAGGGCAAUGGGCCCGUGCUGGUGUGUGCUCCCAGUAACAUCGCAGUGGACCAGCUGACUGAGAAGAUCCACAUGUCUGGCCUGAAGGUGGUCAGGCUGUGUGCUAAAAGCAGAGAAGCCAUUGACUCCCCUGUCUCCUUCCUGGCCCUGCACAACCAGAUCCGCAACAUGGACAGUAUGCCAGAGCUCCAGAAGCUGCAGCAGCUGAAGGAUGAGACCGGGGAGCUGUCGUCCGCUGACGAGAAGCGCUACCGGGCCCUGAAGCGCACCGCUGAGAGAGAGCUGCUCAUGAAUGCAGAUGUGAUCUGCUGUACCUGUGUGGGGGCAGGAGACCCCCGUCUGGCCAAGAUGCAGUUCCGCUCCAUCCUAAUCGAUGAGAGCACCCAGGCCACCGAGCCAGAGUGCAUGGUGCCCGUGGUCCUGGGUGCCAAGCAGCUCAUUCUGGUGGGAGACCACUGCCAGCUGGGCCCAGUAGUGAUGUGCAAGAAGGCAGCCAAAGCAGGCCUGUCCCAGUCUUUGUUUGAGCGUCUGGUGGUGCUGGGCAUCAGGCCCAUCCGUCUGCAGGUGCAGUACCGCAUGCACCCAGCCCUCAGUGCUUUCCCCUCCAACAUCUUCUACGAGGGCUCCCUGCAGAACGGAGUCACUGCUGCUGACCGCAUCAAGAAAGGCUUUGACUUCCAGUGGCCACAGCCAGACAAACCCAUGUUCUUCUAUGUGACUCAAGGCCAGGAGGAAAUCGCUAGCUCUGGAACAUCCUACCUGAACAGAACUGAGGCAGCUAAUGUGGAGAAGAUCACCACCAGGCUGCUGAAGGCUGGAGCCAAGCCUGACCAGAUAGGCAUCAUCACCCCCUACGAGGGCCAGAGGUCCUACCUGGUGCAGUACAUGCAGUUUAGCGGCUCCCUCCACACCAAGCUCUACCAGGAGGUUGAGAUCGCCAGCGUGGACGCGUUCCAGGGCAGGGAGAAAGACUUCAUCAUCCUGUCCUGCGUCCGAGCUAACGAGCACCAGGGCAUCGGCUUCCUCAACGACCCGCGCCGUCUCAACGUGGCCCUCACCAGAGCCAAGUAUGGGGUGAUCAUUGUGGGCAACCCCAAGGCCCUGUCCAAGCAGCCUCUGUGGAACCACCUGCUCAACUACUACAAGGAGCAGAAGGUUCUGGUGGAGGGACCCCUCAACAACCUGCGAGAGAGCUUGAUGCAGUUCAGCAAGCCCCGCAAGCUGGUCAACGCCAUUAACCCUAACAGCAGUGCUUCUGCAUUUUUCCUGGGUAUUGAACCCAUGUCUAUGCUCCAGGGAGCCCGGUUCAUGAGCACUGCCAUGUAUGACGCCCGCGAGGCUCUCAUCCCUGGGUCUGCCUACGAUCGCAGCAGCGCAGGGCGUCCAUCCAACAUGUACUUCCAAACCCACGACCAGAUCGGCAUGAUUGGGGCCGGGCCAGCCCACAUGGCAGCCAUGAACAUGCCCAUUCCAUUCAACUUGGUGAUACCUCCCAUGCCUCCACCAGGCUACCUGGCCCAGGCUAACGGCCCUGCUGCAGGCCGUGGUGGGGUGCUGAAGGGCAAAGCGGGACGUGGCGGGCGCCAGAGGACCCGCGGAAUGGGGAACCACAGUGGCAGUGGGCAAAGCAAUGGGCCAAACAGCCAGGCCAGCCAGGACGUGUCUUCCCAGCCCUUCUCCCAGGGGCCACUCACCCAGGGCUACAUCACCAUGAGCCAGCCCUCACAGAUGAGCCAACCUGGCCUCUCCCAGCCUGAACUGUCCCAGGACAGUUAUCUAGGCGAUGAGUUCAAGUCCCAGAUCGACGUGGCUCUGUCGCAGGACUCGACUUACCAGGGUGAACGUGCAUACCAACAUGGUGGGGUGACUGGACUGUCACAGUACUAAAGUGUUGUUGGAAGAGGAGCUAGGCUUGAGCUGAGCUUAGUUCAUCAGCAUUUUAAUCUGGGUAAUAAUAAAUAAAAAAUGGAUACCUGUUUUCCUCUGCUACAACUGAAGCACCACCGUGUGAAAUCAACGGGAGAGAGAAACCAACCAAUCACGAGAGAGAAAGAAAGCGAUAGAAAGGAAGAGCGGACGGCCAGGAAGAGCGAACGAGUGGGAGUGAGGGACCACUGCCGGCACAUGGGGACGAGAACGAGAGGAAGGCGACGGCAGGCGGUCGAGCUGUCGUGAGGAAGACGAAACGAGAACGAAGAAACAAAAUGAGGCACAACUCCCAAUGAAAGAUGCCCACCCACCCCCCUCUCAACCCCUUCCCUUCAAACCUCACGCCUCUGUCUGAGGGCAUGAUCAGUUGUCCAGAGGACCUCUCUCUUUGAGCAGUGAACAGGGGAAGACAAGUUCUCAAGCAACUUGGCUGGGGGAGCGCAUUCCGCUAACUCUCAAAAGCAGAUAACAAGAAAGUGGGGGGGUACGGAACGCUUCAAGCAGGCAACAUAGGAAAUCCUCACCUCAAAGUUGAUCGGUUGUCACACCCGUUUGAUACCCAGACUCAUUUGAUUAGAUUGAUGUGGAGGAAGAGUGGCGGUGUCGAUCCCGACUCGUAGACCUGAAAUCUCAUCAAAUGACAGCAAGAGGAACACUUCACGUCGUCGUUCAAUUUUGAGUUGAAAAGGUUUCUGCGCUAAAGUCUGAUAUUAAAGAACUCUUAAUUGAAAUGCCUUUGAUUGCCUUGGGAACCAUUGGCUUUUUCAACAGGUCUUUUCAGAAAUAGGUGGUUAACUAGAAAUCCAGGGGAGUUGAGUGGCAUGGGGAUUUCAGAGGAAAGUUUCUCAAGAUGUGAGCUCUGGAUCCGAGAGUAAUCCUAUAUCAUAAUGACCAGCAUUGAAGUAUAUUAACUCAAUGUUAUUUGAAGUUGCAGCAAAGGCCUUUUUGAUCUUUUGAAAGUUUGGGUGACGUGAGAUAUCGCCCACUAUGCUACUGGGCGGAUCAUUUUCAAUUUUUUUAAAUGCUUUGUAUGCUUAGAUCGGCAGCGGCUUUGAAGUAACGCUUUACUCGGGGAAUUCCUUGUUGAUGUAAGAUCCGUCUGCAUGAAACAAAUUCCCAUGCAAAGUGAAGACGGAUAUUAAGGAAAACUGAUUUCCUCUAUAGUCAACACACAAUUUUGUGUCACUAUUGAAGUUGCAAGCGGUAGGUGGCUAGGUGUGAAACAAAGAACAGGUAAGGUAUAGCCAAGGUAGAAAGGGAAGGCUUGUGAACUCCUUGAAUGGAUACAAAUCCUUUGAUUCUAGUUAUUUUAUUUAAUAUGGAAUAGUGAAUUGGGGUUCAAAUUUGAAUGAAAUGCAGUCGCCCAUAAAGAAUGUUAGCUACAUUACUAGAAUUAAGUUGUCAAAUCCAAAGCAUUUGAAACCAUUUCACACCAUCCGUAAAAUGACGACUGGUACUGAUUUUCAGAGGUGACAAAGUGAUUCUCACAUGAAAGAAUGUGUACAUCCGAAUCAGUGGCCAUAACUUCCUUUGAUUAUUUGCAGGUACAAAACAGCACAAAACAUGAAUGUAGGUCAAAGCAUGGUUGGCACUUUUUAAGUGAAAGCGACCUUAGCCAGCAUAUACCAACUUAUUAGAAAGAAUCAGUGAACAUGGCCAGUAUGUUGUGACCUUGAAACCACGCAAUACUAGUUUCUCAAAGGAAUAACUGAUACAAGCCACCUUCUCUUAGGAGGUUGCCUGGCGGUUAAGAACAUUGGACCAGUAUCCAAAAGGUUGCUGGUUCUAAUCCCUGAGCUGACUAGGGGAAAAAUCUGUCUGUGCCCCGAAGCAAGGCUCUUAACCCUAAUUGCUCUUGUAAGUCGCCCUGGAUAAGAUUGUCUGCUAAAUGACAAAAAUGUAAAAUGAGGUCCCACCAAACCAGGAGAAGGGCAUUCCUUUUGUAACUUCGAUUUUAUGUGCGUUUUACAAUUUUGGCUUCCCUGUAGUUUGCCCAUUGUAGCUGUUUACUCCAGAGUCUUAUGGCUCCAAACCCUCCAUUCUUUUUCCCCUAUGUGAAUUCUAAUGUAAUCUAUCCGGCCCCUAGCAUUUCCUUCUUUGGCUGAUUUGCUUGUGCACCAUUUAUUUUUUGUGUGUGUUGUGGGGGGGGGGGGUUGUAGACAACAUUUGACUUAAGUAGUUAUCUGAUGACAAAGGGUGGUGAAAUAAUGGUUUUAUUUUAAAGUUUUAAAUCAAUCCCUAAAGGGAAAAGCCACACUAUUUUUUCAUUAGUCCAACUGGUGAUAGCCCCAAAAGUUAAGAUAUUGGUCUUAAUCAGUGUCACCUGCCACGUCAUUAUGAUGACAUGCAAAACAUUUUGGGACUGUAUCAACAGUGGACUAAUAGUUUUUGUGGAUUUGUCCUUUAACUAAACUAUCCAUGGGACUUUUGUAUUUAGAAAUCCUCGUCUAUCAGUUUUUAGAAAUGUUUGGGUGCUUAGCACCAAAUUGAGUAUUAAUUUUAGCUCACAACCUGUUUUGUCUUCCGAUGUCCAUUAAUUUUUGUUUCAGUCAUCACUUGACUUUGAAUUUGUCAAUCCAAAAGACAUUGUAUGACAAUCAUGCUGUCAAAUAGCUAGUCGUGGUUGAAACAUGCUUAGUCGUUUGAUCGACAUUAUCUAUUGAUUCCUGACUUGUUUUAGGAUAUUUUAGUACAGUAAUCUCUGCCUUCCUUCCCAGCAUUUGAAAAUCUGUGCAAUUCAUGGAGUUGCAGUGAAAAUUAAUUCAAGACAUUUCGCCUUAUGAGUCCUUUCUUGUAAAACGUUAAUAAAGUUUGCUUCUGUCAAAGGUUUGGAAAGCAAAA